AUGGGAGCCUCAAUGCCUCUUGUGGGCCGAAGUCUCGCUAUCUUCGUCGUCGCAGUCGUGAUGAUGUCUAUCUCCAUUGUGACGGUUUUAUUACGAACUUUUGUGCGAUUAAAUGUCAUCCAUGCGUUUGGUUGGGAUGAUGCUUUGAUGGUUGCUGCAUUGAUUCUUUUUAUACUUUUGAAUGCCUGCUGCAUGAUUGGAACAAUGCAUGGGGUAGGGCACACGAGUACAGAUUUUACCAGUAUGGAGGUUUACAAGAAAGCACUUGUGUGGUGGUGGCUUGGUCAAAUGCUCUACAUCUGGGCCUCAGCAGUUGCCAAAAUAUCAAUCGCCGUUGCGCUUCUCCGGUUGGCCAUUGCAAAGUCUUACCGAGUGAUACUUUGGAGCAUUAUCUCUGUUGCCAUUGCUAUUGGACUAAUGUUCUGGCUUGUGCUACUCCUCGCCUGUAAUCCGAUCUACUACUUUUGGGAACGAGUGGAUGCAACCAGCACCGGAACAUGUAUACCCAUGUCCACAAUUUUGGAUAUUGCGUAUUUUUACAGCUGCGUGACUAUAUGUUGUGAUGUAGCGCUUGGCCUGUUACCCGCUUUCCUCGUCUGGAAACUGCAAAUGAAUAGCAGGACGAAGCUUGCAGUAGGAGGAAUUCUCGGAUUAGGGGCCAUUGCGGCUGUAGCAGUGAUAUGCCGACUUCCCUUCUUACAAUUUUAUCCCGAUGAGAAUUUCCUUUACUCUACCUACCAGAUCGCCAUCUGGUCUCUCAUUGAGACCGGCCUCGGAAUUACCGCAGGCAGUCUGAUCACUCUCCGACCAUUAUUCCGCUGGCUCCUGGAUGCAAAUUCGACUCAUAACCACAAGUCACCCCUCCAAGGAAAAUAUUCAAAGCCAUACCGACUGUCCAGUUUGCAAAGUCAGGCCAUCAGAGAAUCGCAGAACACGAAAUACUGGCGCCCCGAUGUCGACCCCGACAACAACAAGAGUACAAUUGUUGCGGUUUCGUCGCAGCGGAAAAAUAAACUCAACCUUAGCAACAGCAGCCAGGAAGCCUUAAACCCCGAGCCGAUCUCGCCAAAUCAUGUCACGAUACAGAAGACCUUUGUACAAACAGUUACAGAAGGCAAAAAUUAG